UCUCGGGCGAUGCUCCGCGGAACGCUCAUGUACAGGUCAGCCUCGUGCGCGGGAGCGGAGGGCACCGGGGCUCGCACCGCAUCCUGCCACCCCCCGCCGGGGUCCGACAACGACCUCGGCGACCCGCCCUGCCCACUUACCAUGCUGGCGCCGAGGAUCUCAGGGCGCGCUGCAGUCCCCAGCUCGGUCUCGAACCUUUCUCCUCGCAGGCUCUUCGGGCAGGCGCGGGAGCCGGAUCGGCGGGCAGAGGAGGCGCUGGGCGACACUCUUCUCCUGGCCCCAGAGGCGGAGGGAAAACCCGGCCUGACUCACCCGCGCGGCGCGAGCCCCAGAGCCCGGUCCGGCCCCCGGAUGUGGGGGGCGGACACCGACGCCGCCCCCGAGCGACCUGAGCCCCGCCCCGGCUCGGGGGUGCAGCGGGGCGAUCCCCCGGUGCCGCGCUCGCUCGCGUGCAGCCGCUCCGCAGACCCGGACCCGGCCGAGGCUCCAGAGCGCGCGCUUCCCGGCUGCUGCUGCUCCUCCUCCAGCUCCGGGCCUCGCCCGCCUCUCCCGGUUUCCUUCCAGAACCAGCUUCCAAACUGGCGCGCUGGGGUGGGGCGGUCACGUCUCUGCUCCUCGCCGCCUCUUUCCCAGUGGAGAGGGAUGGUGGAUGUGUCUCAGGCAUCCCAGGAGGAAGGACUGGAUCAUAGGCCCCUCCCCUCUGGAGCCCAGAGAUGUCGAGAAUGAACACAGGAGAGAGGGUGGAGGCUCCUGGCUGAACAGAACACUCUUAGAGCUGGCCUCAGGUGAGGAUCGUGGCUGGGCUGUGGAGCUGAGGGGCUAGAGCAGAGGCAGAGGACAGCCUGAAGAGACGUGUCCUUUGGGGAAGCAAGGGAAGGUCAGGGGCAGGCUGCUUGUCUCCACCUUCUGCACCGGCUAGAGACUCCAGACUGCUGAGAUCACGCUCCCCCCUCUGGAGAGCUGGCCUGACGGAUACUGCCUAGCUUUGAGCCCUUGCGAGUUGUUACCCUGGUAACCUUGAUGGGGAACAGCAAGGCAGACGGGACCAGUUGACCCUGUAGGGAAGUAGGCUCAGUCCUAAGCCAGUGCCUCCUCUUCCCCUAGGACCCUGACCCCGUCCUCUGUGUGUUUGCAAGGCUUAAGGCCUAGGACAUGUCAUUGAACUCUUGGAUGUCCUCGGUUCAGCCCUCUCUGAUGGAACACUUGGGGUACAGAGCGGGGGACAUGAUCUGCCUCCCCCAAAGUACACCUCAGUGCUGGAGGGCCCCAAAGGGUCUGCCUUUCUGAGGCCUUAGAGAGAAGGUGGGCUAGACAGAGGUGGGGGGAUCAGAGGCCUCUUUCCUCUUACCCCAAUUUUGCCUCACAUCGAAAGAGACUAGACUCAUGUAAGGAGUUGGCCCCGGGGAGGGGGUGUACCCACUGAACUCUGUCCGCCCCUUCGGUUCAUCAUGUAGACACAUAUACAUGACUCUCUUGUCCUCAUGUUUGACAGACCUAUGGAUUUGGCAUGCAAGCCACGCUGUUCAAAUGCCAAGGAGUGAGCACUCUGGGCACCAGGCCAGGGCCGAAGUGAAACCAAAUUCCCUGGGUGUACCUAUUUCCUGGAUUCACUAGCCUUGGACAGCUUAACUUCCUUCAGUUAUCUGCUGCCUGCAAGUCCCCAAGACUGUAGGGUCCUGGGGCUACCCAUGGGGAGUGGGAGUUCACUCCGUCUCCAGCUGCCACCCCUGGCCCGCCACCUUUCCUCUCCACGGUUGCGACAGCCCUCCUGGGCGCCUCUUCACUCUGCCCCAGAGGGACCUUCUAGCCCACACAUUUGUCUCCAGUUCCCCGCAGCCCGAGAGGUAGACUCUCAGCCUCAGGAUCGGUCCUGCCACUCCUUCGGGCUGAGACCCUAGCCUGGCUGCCAUCACCAUGUCCUGGGACCCCCCUCAGUCUCCUGCGCUGUAACUGGCUGGUUUGGGGGUCACCCACUAUCUUCAAGGUUUCUCUGCUCACCCUCCACAAAUAAUUGAUCACACCGCCUCCACUCUCAGCCUUUCCUUUUCCCAGUUGCCCUUUUACUGAGUGCCAGCAGCUCUGGGUCACGUGACCUGUCUUGUCACUCCCAGAAAAAUAGCAAGCCCUGAGCAUGUAGGGACUGGUGCCCAGUCCAGAGUCCCCCGAGGUCUUGAAGGGGCUUGGGAACGCCAGCCCGACGUGACUGUGACUGUUCGGGCUUCUUUGAACUGAGGCCCGGGGAACAGCAAGAGGGGAGCCUCCUGACUCGGGGACCACGCUGUUCUGACACGGGGACUUGUUAUCUAGCCCAGGCUGACCUGGAACUCACAACCCUUCCUCUGUUGUGCUGCGAGUACAGCUGUGAGCCUCCAUGUCGGCUUCUGUAUCUAACAAGACAACCUCGAUUCACCACGAAGCUCCUCCAUUCAGCUUCCUAAAUUUGUCCACACCAUCCUUCCAUCCCAGGAGCCGAGAGCUGGUAUUCUUUUCUGUAGCACCAACUGUUUGUAAGGAUAUACAGUUUUUCUCCUUU